UUGAAAAGUUGACGAGAUCGUAGAAGUUUUCCAUAAAGGCACAUUGUUGACUCAACUUUUGCUCUUUGGAAAAAAAGAGAGGAAGCUUCGGACUUCCCAGACGGACAGAAAGACAAGUAGUCUGAACCAUAAACGGUUGACUAACCGAAAAAGCCCCCUUGACUUUCACUAUAUCCAAGUAAAGAAAAAGAAACCGCAGGGAUAAUAUCGUAGUUUCAAUCUCGCCGCGUGGUCACGGGGGUUAAACAAAGUCUUAAGCAGAGUCGUGGAACUAAUAAUAUUAAUCGAUUUUGAUUUAGUUUAAAACCUCUAGUCUCUUGUUUCUCUUUCUCAUUCUCUGCGUAACAGAACUUGUGGUCUGCUUCUAAAUUUGGGAGAGAAAAAGGGAAGAGAAGAAUGGGAGAAUGUAGGCCACUUGGUUUCUUGUUGGGGCUACCAUUUGCACUUGUCGCUCUCCUUCUAUCUCUUGUUGGUGCUGUCAUCUGGAUCAUUGGGACGAUACUGAGUUGUUUGUGCCCAUGUUGCUUCUGUUUUGCUGCGUUGGCUAACUUCGCCGUGGAUCUCAUCAAACUUCCUGUCAAAGUCCUCCGUUGGUUCACCCACUCCAUCCCUUGUUAAGACUAGACUCCAUUACUUGUAAAAAAAAAAAAAAUUAAUCUUCUUUUUCUUUACUAAAUUAAUUUUUGUCGCGAAAAUUGUUAUUUUUUAAUGUAAUUUUUGGGUAAUAUUAGAAUGUUAAAUGUUCUUAAGAUAAGGCUUAUUUCUUGACC